GAACAUGGCAACAACAAUGUUGUCUCCAAUGUUUAGCCUGGCCAUGGUAACAGCCGGGGUAGGUACUAUAAAAAAAGCUCGGAAAUUGAAGAAGCGGCAUAACGAUUUUUUUCUCAAAGGGUAGAACAACACUUUUUUUAUCAUUAUGCAAUUAAUUUCAAGGAUUCUGGUAAACUUUCUACCAGUUCUUGCGCUGCUGUAUACUGCAGAUGCUGCUGACAUUGCUUGGACAACUCCAUCAGGAGGGACUGGGUCAGCAAGUGUAGCCGAAAACAAUGGAGCAGGAGAUGCAGUGGAAACAGUGGUUGCUACUCCUUCAACUGGACAAACUAUUGGAGAUUACACGCUGGUGACUACAGGUUCUCCUUUCAGCUUGUCAACAGGUGGCGCGCUGACGGUUACAACUGCUAAUUCACUCGACCACGAAGCGACUCCUACCUACACAAUAUUAAUUAAGGUUGUAGAUGGUGCACAGUCAUCGACCGCGACUCUUACAGUAUCAGUAACGGACGCCAAUGAUGAUCCAACGUGGAGCGCUACCUCCUACGACGCAUGCGCAACAGACGGAUCUACUGCAGGCACUUCAGUGUACACAGUAAGCGCUUCAGAUGAGGACACUGGAGACUCACUUUCUUACUCUAUUACCGGCGGUAAUACAGACAGCGACUUCACUAUUGCUGGAUCUGAAAUUCGUGUGGCAAACACACUUGACAAGGCAACAACAUCAAGCUAUCCUCUGCAAGUCGAAGUUGAUGAUGGCACCGCCACUGCAACUACAACCGUCUCUGUAACAGUUUCUUCGAGCUGUAACAGCGCAACAGCUGUCAUUGUCAGUCUCUUGACCAUCCUGACAGCUCUUGUUAUCUCUCUGAAUUAAAUUGUCCCGAAAGUUUCGAAAUCAACCAAAAUCACACUUAAAAGAAUGAUAUGUGCGUCAGUUACAAUCUUAACUUCCACUCGAAUUACUUAACUUCUUUCAGAAAAACGGCCAUCUUUGGACAUGUCAUCUUCGGACAUCUUUGUGUUCAAAAAAUGUUUGAUGCUUUCCACAUCCCUAAAUUAAGCACAUAAAGUAUAAAGUUUACGGACCACACUUCAAUAAAAUGUGAAACGCUGCUUUUUGGAUGGCAAGAUUUAUUAAUCAACUUAGAAAGAGAUUCUGCAUAAACCAUGCCCGUAAGAAAGUAAUUCGUGUAAAAAUUUAUGUUCUGUUUAUAUAUCAGUACUCUAGGUGAGAUGGCCUUUAAAGUUUGGAAAUAUUACCUUCAUUGCAUUACAAGGCAAAUAUAACCCUUAUUGCAUCGCAAAGCAUAUAUUACCCUCAGUGAGUUAUAAGGCAAAAUAUAUUACCUUCAUUGCAUUACAAGGCAAAUGUAACUCUCAUUGCAUUAAAAGGCAGAUAUAACCCUCAUUGUAUUACAAGGCAAAUAUCACCCUCAGUGCAUUACAAGGCAAAUAUUACCCUCAGUGCAUUACAGAGCAAAUAUAACUCUCAUUGCAUUAAAAGGCAGAUAUUACCCUCAUUGCAUUACAAGGCAAAUAUCUCUCAUUGCAUUACAAAGCAAAUAUUACCCUUAGUGAGUUACAAGGCAAAAUAUAUUACCUUAAUUGCAUAACAUUCGUAUAGUCGAGCUAAAAAUUAACAAAUUUUGGCUCUUUCAGGAGUCAGUCAGGGGCCGUUACUUCGGAACCUAUAAUUGGAUCAGACAGAUUCAUUCUUUUGCAACACGUAUAGAGCGCAUGCGCAUUAAAACCAAAACAUCCACUAAAGCACCAGGGAAGCCAACAGCAUUGUAAAAGGGUCUAUUAUCGAAAAAAAACCCUUGGCAAUCUGUAAAUUCUUCAACUGUGCCAUGACUAAGGCGGACGUUCAAUACCGAGUAUAUCCGAAUAAAACUAAACCGAACAUGAAGCUUCACGCACGCUAUUGUACUAUUUCAUUGACCUGUCAAAACAUGUUUCUGGCUUUCAUGUUAAUCUUAUUAAGGCGUGAACAAAAUAUAAUGAAAUAUUUUGACAGGUCAAAUAAAUUGUACAUUAGUCACGUUUCAUAUAGCAGACGACACUUACCACAUUGAUAUCCUUGAUUUCCAUGCAAAGAUAAUGCAUCUUUUUACACUAAAGACAGGUCAACAAGGAUUAUUUCAAAAUUAUAAUAUAAAAAGUAAUAUCCAUCUUGCUUCAGCGUAUUUGCAGCAAGGGUUAUAAUUUGAACUGUGCAAUGAAUCAAUGUCCAGACGAGAAGGCCUACUCCCUUUAGUACCAUGUGUGAGUUGUUGUUGUUGUUUUUUCUCCUUUUUUUUUUCACUUUUUUAGUUAAAGGAAUGAUUUCUAUGAUGAGAUACUACUGUAUCGAUGUGUGAGUCAUUUCUGAGUUAUUUAGUGUUAUUUAUUUUGUAUAUUUAUAUUAAGUUGCAUAUGUAAAUAACUUGCUGAAACCAAUAAAAUCAAUUUCUUAUUUCAGCAAAAUACACAGUUAAUAUGUUGCUUAAAGACGACACUUGCAACUCAACUUUUAAAAAGAAAAUAUAUUUUUUGGAACUAAACAGUCAGUCAUUCUAUUUCUUGAGACUAAAGUCAGGUGUACAUAAAUUUGCUAAAAUUUUGAUUUCAGAUGCAAUGAUUAACCAGAGAUUUUUUUUUUUAUUUUGCACUUCAUAUUGUAUAAGUGUCUCUGUGAAGAAAUAAAACAAUAUACUAUAAACAAU